GGAAGCACGCGAAACAACUCCGUCACUGCAAGUCAAUUCCUAAACAUUACAAUAUUCUAUCGCUUCAUCACAUCUUCCACGAAUCCAACCUCAUUCUUCUCACUCGAUCGUCGCCAUCCGAGCCUCUCCCCGUCGCCUCUGUUCUUCUAUUCAAGUUUCAGGCCACAUUUGUCCGGUGAGCAGUAUUAGGUAUGAUAGAGGAGCCCUCUUGUAAAAGAACUGCAAGUAUGUCAAGAUCAGCUAAAGAAAGUGAAUUGUUUAGAACUGUGGAAGAGAAAAGGAAGCAACAAGAGUCUCUUAUUCCUUAUGUUCAUGAAGAUUGUGUCUCAAACAUCCUCAUCAGGCUCCCACUUGAUUCACUUCAUAAGUCAAUGUUUGUUUGUAAGCACUGGUUUAAUGUCAUAUGCAGCCCCAUAUUCGUUGAAACCCAUCUCCGUCGUUCUGAGUCGGUUUUGAUCUUCACGACACAGACUCAUUACAACGAAGUUUUCCCACAUUCUGGAAAAUCAAACACCCUGUCAAUUGAAUCAAAGUUUAUGCAGUCUGAUGAAUCUCUCUCUCUAUUCCAUAACUUGGAUCCCACCUCAAAGACGUUCAUUCACUUUUUGGAAUUUAAAGAUGGACUUAGCAACGUAGGAGAGUAUAGCUUAAGUUGCUUUGGAAGGAUUCGAGCUACGUGCAGCGGUUUGAUAUUGCUCGAUAACAAGUUGAAGAAAGGGGGACUAAUAAUUACUAAUCCAGUGACUAGGAAGCUGACUUCUAUUCCUCCUGGAACUUUGAAUUCACCACAUGAUGAAUCUUAUGGAUUUGCAUACGACGAUGUUUUAGGCCAAUACAAAGUCGUUCACUUGUUUCGUGACGAAUUGAUGUAUAUUAGUUGCGAGAUCUUUAUAAUUGGGACUAAAAAGUGGAGAGCUGUUGAUGGACCUUCUUUUGGUCUCUUUGGUUGGCUUGGAUUUAGACCUGUUGAAGCCAUAGGAGCUCUACAUUGGAUCCCACAAGUUAAUCACAGCGAUUGUAUUGUAUCGUUGGAAAUCGAGACCGAAAAGUUUCAAACAAUACCGCUUCCAAAUAGUUGCAAUAUGUAUGAUGGAAUUGUUGAAAUUGGUUCUUCUCUAAGCUUUGUCACUCAUCAGGAGACCCACACAGACAUUUGGAUCUUGAAGGGCUUGUCUGGGGAAGUAUGGAUAAAGCAACAUAGUAUCAAUAUAGGUUGCAGAAUGGAUAUGAUUCCUCUUUUAAGUUUUAGAAUAAGAGGAGACCUCGUUUUCAGAUCAAAAGAUGGUUUGUUUUACAUCUACGACUUUGAAUUGCGAUCGAUUACUAAAGUUAAGAAUCAAAACCGACUCGGUGUGUCGUCAGGUUGCCUUUUCCCCCAUGUCAACAGCAUGGUCUCUUGGAGUAGCAAUUAGAAAUUUCAGGUCAGUUUGUAUUGAAGAUGCAUCUUAGGAAAUAUAGUCACUUAUUGUAUAAUCUGAUUAAGCAUAUAUGCUACUUUAUGGUUAUUUGUGUAUAUAUGUACUGCCUCAACAUUGUAGGUUCUGUGUAUGAGCUGAGUUUAAGACUAUUUUUUCUAAUCACCGGUUAACCGGUUUGUUGUAACGACUCUCUAUAAAUA